ACAUACAGUCCCACACAUACACAGACGCACAUGCACCUACUUUCUACUUUCUAUUUUCCAGUCACCACUAUAUUUCUCCACUAUACGUGCUAUAGUGUGUCCAACGGCCAACUCCAAGGUACGAAGUGGAGAGGGUAUGAUGGUUUGGUUUUGAAUUUCUGAGACAAGACAAGAGUUCUUCCAUUCGAGAAUUUCUGUUUGUUAGUUCACUUUUCACUAUACGGUUUAAACUUUAAAGCUUUAAAGUGGAUGACAUAUCGCACAGUGCGCUCCAGUGAUCCAGUGAGAUAGUUAGUUGUAGUGUAUAGGUUUGUUUUAAUUAUUGAGUUUCUAUCUGUUGUUUUUCCUGUUUCCUGUGUUCUUCAUUUUUGUAUUCGUUCCUCUUCGUUACUGUGUCUGCUCCUGAGUCUACAGUGUCAGUGCAGCGAAGAAGCGAGACCAAACAGCAGUGAAAUAACAAGAGCUUGCAUAGAUGAGGAAAUAUCAUCAGAUAAUCUUUACUUCCAUUGAGAGAGAUGGUCAAUUUCCAGUCAGAAUGGGAGGAGAAAAUCGUUUAUAAAGCAUAUGAGGACAGUGGGGAGCGCUAAUAUUGGCCAAUGUGUCAAUAAUAUCUUGAGAAGAUUAAUGAUUGAUGAGCUGGCCAUGAAAUUCUCAUAUACUGGCCGUGCAUCAAACGGGAACACAAAAACUCCAUUUCAUGGGAGUGAGAUAUCGAAAUGCAUACUGAUUGCUGUUCAAACGUUUUUUGGUGACAUUGCAAUUGAAGUGAAAUAUGGAUCGCUGGCGUCGAAAUGGCUUCAACAAGCCAGAACAAGGUUGUUGAGAAGGACCAAGAGCAGAGAGACUACACCUCAUGAAGCUCAAAUCGAGGACGAUAGCAGUUCAAAGUAGAAAUAUAUAAUAAGU